AUGGGCCUCGGUAUCCUAGAGGACCAUAAGUUGGAUCACGUACCGGGUGUGUUUUCCAAUUCGAUCGUUCGUUCCUGGAUCUGGCUGAUAUCAAAGCAAGGGACAACGUAUGUCCUGGACGACGAUAGCAGCUCGGUUGAACAAACCGAGACGCCCAACGUUAAAUAUGAUCGCACUGGCCCCGUGCCUAUCAUCCUUGUCCCUCAACCAAGUGAUGAUCCAAAUGACCCUUUGAACUGGCCGCUAUGGCGUCGAGACUUGAUCCUUGCCAUUCUCUCCCUGGCCUCUGUCAUUUGCACAACCACGAGCCCUUUGAUGGCCGCAAAUUCUGUCACCAUUGCCACUCAGCUUCGGCGGACCUUUACGGACGUGGCGUUGCUGACCGGAUACCAUCUUUGUGCUGUAGGCGCUGCCGGCUUUCUCUUUGUGCCAACCGCGCGGAUCUGGGGAAAACGCCAUCUGUUUUUGCUCGGGAACGCUAUUGUCGUGGUCAGUUGUGCCUGGGCCGGAGCCAGCGGUACCAAUUACAACAGUCUCUUAGCGGCACGUAUAUUCCAGGGCAUCGGGUUGGCCCCCUUCGAAGCACUGGUGAAUGCUGCCAUCGGAGACCUGUACUUUGUCCAUGUAAGUGUGUGCGACGCCCUGAAUCUGGCUCCGGUGCUCACGAAACCACAGGAACGCGGAAUACGAAUGGCUGUUUCGAAUGUCGCUCUGUUUGGAGGUGCAUUUUUGACCCCUGUUCUUGUAGGCAAGAUUACGUACACAAUGGGCUGGGCAUGGAGCUUUUACUUUGUUGCCAUCUUUGCUGGGCUUUGUUUGCCCCUUGUUUACUUUUUUGUUCCCGAAAUCGCAUACCGUCGAGCGUCGCACCUCAACACUGAUUUUGAAGGCGACACGGAAAGGACCCGGGUCCCUAGAGAUGCCAGAAAUGAAAACUCCGAGUCAGCUAUUAACGAAAACGAAGCGAAAGAGGGCGGCAUGCUUCCUGGGGUGGAAGAACACAAAGUGAUUGCCAAAGCGUCUUACUCUCAAUCUCUAAGGUUAUUUAAUGGCCGGAAAACAGAUGAAAACUUUUUCAAGCUUUUAUUGCGACCAUUACCCCUUUUCUUCCACCCAGGUAUUCUCUGGGGCUGCCUCAUUCAAGGAGUCAUAAUCGGUUGGACUGUCUUUAUCGGCGUCGUCCUAGCCGCGCUCUUCGUGGGCCCGCCGUUAUGGUUCAAUGAAGUCAAAACCGGAUAUCUAUAUACCGGUGCUUUUAUCGGCGCGAUCCUGGGUCUGCUCAUCUCUGGCCUGCUUGCUGACUGGUCCGCCAAAUAUAUGAUUCGUAAAAAUCGAGGGAGAUACGAACCCGAGUUCCGGAUCGUUCUCGUCAUUCCUAUGCUUAUCUUUGCUUGCGCUGGCCUGUAUGGCUUUGGAUUUGUCUCCGGCGAUGUUACAAGAUAUGGAUGGCUCGGGCCAGAGAUUUUUUUCGGCUUGAUGUUGAUUGGAAUGGUCUUGGGUGCUGUGGCAAGCGCACUGUAUUUGGUCGACGCUCAUCGUAAGCCUUUUUUCCUGUACAAUGCACACAUUUCUAUUUCAGCAGUCUAA